AUGAAAAUUGUUAAUGAAAUAGAUGACUCUUCAUCGGAACAUGUUAAUGAUUCCGUAUCCAUUAUCGCUUCCGAGAAACAUACCAAGAGCAGUUGUACAGCGAAAAUAAUUAUCGGACCGUUACCAUCAAAAAGAAUGCGAAAAGGAGGAUCAAAUGAAUCACCAGAUAAUAGUUCGUCAAAUUCAUUCGGACAUACAUCAUCGCUCUGUCAACGGCCGUCCACUGCGCUUUCGUCACUAUCAUCAGAGAUAUUGUCAUCAAAACGGCGCAAUCAAAUUCCUAUAGCUUUUAUUAAACAUUAUCCUUUACCGGAUUCAAAACUGACAACUGCUGAAGUGACAUCAGCAGUUAAUAGCAACGAAUCACAUAUAAAUAUAUCAAAUUUGACUUCAUCCUCUACAUCUAUGGUGACACCAGCAGCUUUAUCAAUAUCACCGAUAUAUCAACAAGUUUGGGAGGAGUUGCAACACCGAAGCGAAAUAUUACGUCAGCAAGUGUUUCAGAAAGAAAUGGAACUUCGUGAAUUACAUCUUAAAAGAUUUCUUGCAUCAUUACACGGUGAUAAAUGUUAA